AUGGCGUUCGCCUCCUACUCCGCAGUCGAGACGCUGCGGCCUCUGCCGCCGUCCGUGUCGCCUUUUGCACCCACCACCACGACCACCGCCCACUCCACGCGCCGCCCUGUCGCUUGUCCCCCCAGCAGCAGCAGCAGCAGCAGCGUCACCGACCGCACCGUCGUGGUCUUUGACUGGGACGACACGCUCUGCCCCAGCUCGUGGCUCCACACGCAGGACUUGCUGCCCAAGUACCGCGGCCAUCGGAUCUCCGUGACGCCGGCCCAGCGGGACGUGCUGAGGCGCAUUGGUGCACAUGUCGCACGGCUCUUGCAGAAGGCGGUGGCCUACGGCCCCGUGUUCGUCGUGACUGCCGCCGAGUUCGGCUGGGUCGAGAUGUCCGCGGCGCUCUAUUUGCCGGACGUGCAGCGCGUGCUCGCGCUAGCGGACGUGCACAUUGUCUCGGCUCGGAGCUGGUACGAGCAGACGUUCGGCUCUGGGGGCGACUCGGCGACGUGGAAACAGGAGGUCAUGCAGCUCAUUGCGCGCCAGUGCUUUGCUGCUGCCGCUGCUCAGGAGACGAGCGGGAAGGGAAGCGGCCGGACGCACAGAGAAGCUGCGACAAUGACGACGCCUGCUUCUCCUGGUUUGCAAGAUGGCUACUUUAAUUUCCUCUCGGUGGGCGACUCGAUGGCGGAACGAGACGCGUGCUUUGCUGCAGUCGAGAGCGUGUGCCGCACGUUCGCCAAGACGCUCAAGUUUGUCGAGCACCCGAACGCCGAGGAAGUGCUGCAGCAGGUGGAGCUCACGUUUGACUCGUUUGAGCAAAUGUGCGGCUGGGAGAACAAUCUCGACUUGCGGUUGUCCCGAGAGCAGUUGGCGGAGCUGCGCGGCUUGCCUGUACAAGGGAGCGCUGGUCGACGAUCUGCUGGUUGUGGUGGCUUUGCGACGUCAUCGUCACCCGUGCACUGA